AUGUUUCUUCAUUAAACACUUGAUUAGCCAUAUAGUUAAGUGGGGACUCCAUUAAGUAGAAGGAAUGCAACUCCAAGUGAUAUGAUUCGACUUAAUAGUCCAUUCUCCACACAUAAUAUUCAUUCGAAAGAUUAAUUAAGAAACCGUGCAAAUUUAGUGAAUAAUAAUUAGCAAUUACAACAAAAAACAAUAAAGCUCACUUUGCCAUCUCGAAUAAAACCAAAACAGAAAAGGUUAUUGAGAUAAGAUGAUCCACUCAUCACUUAUAGUCCAAUAAAUUAAUUGAGAAAACCACCUACAAAUUUGUUUAUUAAAUAUUUAGAUGGUGAAAUCAGUACUUAAGAUUUAGUUUCUUAAUCAAUUUCAGAAAAUCGAUUAUUAAAUCAUAAAGAUAAGUCUAAGGCAUAAGAGAAUAAAAUGAAAAAAAUAAAAAAUGCUAAGUUGAAUAUCUUGCAGAGGUUUCUUUAAGAUAAAAUCAAAAAAAACAAUUCUAAAGGUAUAAUUGAUAUUGAUUUUAAUUUAUCAAAAACUAAUAUUGAAGUACCUUAAACAAAUGACACAGGUAUCAAAUCCUCUAAUUCAGUCAAAAAGUUAAAAUAAUUAUAAAUAUUAUUUUUUCCAAAAGUGGAAUUAUAAAAAUCAGAAGAACCUGUUUUCAAUUAUAAAUAAGUAUUUAAUGUAGAAUCUGAUUAACUCCUUUAAGACAUAACAGAAGAAAGAAAUAGAGUUAAUCAAGAAAAUUUUCAUUAAGUUGGAAAAGAAUUAAUCAUAAAACUUUAAUCUCGCAAAAAUUAAAACUUACCUUUAUAUAUUCCUAUGGAAAAAGAAGUUAUUAUAUCAAAAGAUGUAUAAUUGUAUAAAUAUUUACAUGAUCAUUCAAAAAAAGUCAAAAUUUCUAAUUGUAAGAAAACUGAAACAGAGAAAGUAGUCUUUAUGCGUUACAAAGGCACUUAAAGAAAAUUGGCAACCAAAAAUUGUUUAAAGAAUCAAAAAACUCUGUACGAUAACCCAUAUUAAAUUGAUGAACCAUAUUCUUAAGAAUCUUCUUUAGAAUCUGAAUAAUUAUCCUAUAACCUUUCAUAUUUGAGAAUAUAAGAUUCAAAAUUUUAUGAUUAAUCCAAUAUCAAUUCAUAAACUCCUUAAAGAAGAGAUAAUCUAGCUUUAAGAUAGUUUAACUAUUUAUAACCUAUUAAUAAAACUUAAAGUAAAUUUAAGUUUUAGAAAAAAUUCUAAAAUUAAACUGAAUUUAAAGAUUUACUAAACGAACAGUGA